UUCUACUUCCGUUUCCUAUCUCAAAUUAUCACGUGACACCAUGACGCACCACCCACAAUCGUCAUAUCAUUUAUAUAAAAUCACGGAGAUGUAGAAAGUCAACAGCAAAGGAGCAGGCAGUCGUGUUUACGGGAUUCUCCCAAAGGAGUAAUAAAAGCAAAAUAACCUUUGAUAGUUCACGUUAUACAAGCAUUAUUUUUACGGCAUGUCGGCAACGCUGGUAUCGGCUUUUUAUGAAAUGGACGAUGUUCUGUUAAAGAGUAAGCUCAUGUCCCUCGAAUUAAAAGCACGAGGGGACAAACGAAUUGUUGGUUCGCUACCACGAAGACAUUCAACAAACGGGGCUAGACAAACGCCAACAAACCUUAUUACACUCAGUGAUCCAAUGCUAGUAAGCAGACCAUCCAGAGAUCGCGCUCUUAGUGCCAUUAGUUCUGCUGAAGAAGAAAGACGUAGGGGUAGCAUCACUAACUCAAGUCGUUAUAAAACAGAGUUGUGCAGGCCCUAUGAAGAGAACGGUACAUGUAAAUAUGGCGAUAAAUGCCAGUUUGCGCAUGGCUACCACGAACUCCGCCAGCUCACAAGGCAUCCAAAAUACAAAACGGAACUUUGCAGAACAUUUCACACUAUUGGCUUUUGUCCAUACGGUCCACGAUGUCAUUUUAUUCACAACGCGGACGAGAAACGUAUUCCUUUGGAGCGAAGUCAAAGUUUAACGACGCCACUUUCUCCCAUAUCUACCGGGAGCCCUCCAUCUCCAGUGUUUGAAUCUCCAUUGUCGCUUUCUCCUUCGACUCCUUUUCUUGAUGAGAGUCCGUUGGGAAGCCCUUCGCCUGCUCAAGUAAUUUCAAAUUCACCACUUCCAAAUGUAAUUUAUCAGAAUCACAGCAAUGCCAUGGAGUCUGUCGGUGGAUACUACGGUGUGAAACACCAUUAUUUUCAUUUCUAAAUUUCUCGUUGAUGAUUAUACUUAGAGUUGAAAUUUUAUAUCUUUUGGUUAUUAAUUGUAUAGUAAUAUUAUUAACUGUGAAUAUGCCUCGCCAACACGACCUUAAGUUAAAAGCACACGAGUUAAAUUGUUGUAUAGACUGCACAUAAAUUUCCGUAAAAGGACUUGAACCAAUGACCAAUAUUUAUAUUAUUUAUUAAGAUGGAUGCGAAAGUUAUAACAUUAUUUUGUCAUAUUAAGCUAAAUUCAGAUGUCCUGUAGAAGUAGAUAAAUAAUUUUAAUAUAUUAUAUAUAUAUUUGUAUAUUAUUAAAUAAGCUGUUCCGUUAAUAUUAUUGAGAUUAAAUGUUACAUUUGGAAAACUACCAAGUGAUUAAUUUAAAAUAUUUCCGAGUUUGGUACGAGAAUGUAAGGGUUGAUGAUAAUAAAAAAUUCAAAACAA